AACACCAGUCGGCUAGGGGGAGCGUUUACCCCGAAGUUGGAGCUGGCCAAAACGACUGCGGACAUGCCAUCCUUUGUGACAAGAUGAGAUAAUUCCAGAAGCUCAUGGCUCUGCGGAGAACGUGCAGCUGCUCGGGGGGCAUUGUUCUGAUCAGUAGCUGAUUGCUCCAAGUUCGCUAAAACUUGUGACAGAACACUAGUCUUCAGAGAAAUGGCUCACGGGAGUUCCAACGUUUUGCGUCCGAGUGAAGAAGCGGAGGGGAUAAGUCCACGAACAACCAUUCGAAGAGCACGUCUUCGCUCGCCUCCUUCCGGAUUGCGUUGGAAGUGGCGCCGAGAGAUUUCGAUAUGAAGCUGGAUAAUGUGUCCCGAUAGAGAAAAACUGUCCCGACACCGUCUCCGCAUUUUGAUAGUCUUUCCAUAAGCUACUGAUACAUGAGAUCUCUACGAACUGGAUCUUCAUUAGCGACUCAACUCGUCUGCAGUCCGCUUAGUUUGGAAACUUUCCCGUCUUGUUAUGUCGAACGCAGUGCUCAAGCCAUCGUCUGUCGCCGCCGUGUGUGUUGGAGAUACAUUCAUCAGCCGGAGAUGGAGGGAAAUGAGGGGUUCGAUCUCGGCGGCUAUCUUUUUAGUGGAUAUCCUGGUGCAGUCGAUAUGAUUUCAUGGUCCAGCCCAGCCAUGAAAUGAGGCAACCAAGACUGAAGCAUAAGCAUGAAUUUGGCCUACGGCCUCUCUCUAGUCCUCCAGCUUAUGGCACGAGCGUACCACCGGCGUACCUUCCCGCGGAAAACAUGAUGGCCCGAAAACUGACCAUGACUAAAAGGGCAAUAGUGAGCGGGCUUUGACGGCAGAGAAAUCGCUUGUAAGUGGACAGCCGUAGGUUGUAUUUCACGACAUGCUGGUCUUGGCCCCCAUUUAGCAGGUCACCGUUUUAUUGAGAGGGAACUCCCUGUGGUUGGCCCGGUAGGUAAAUUAGGGAGCCAUUGCAUGACUACAAGUACUUACUUAGUAGUAUUACAAUCACUCUGCCUCUGAGCCAAAGCCAUUGGUGGCCCG